CCAGGUCACCCAAACCAAAACCUCUCAGCCCCCUCUUUCGCACCGCCGCCAAUUCCUCUCUUUUUUCUUGCUCUCAAGUUGCUGUUGAUGCCAUGCCGCUGUUAUAUUAGAUCUCUCUGUCAGUGUUCACCAAAGGUGUUUGUGAGUUUGUCCCUGUGAAAUGAAUUAGGUUUUGAAUUGGAUCUGGUUAAGGGCAUGGCGACGGCGGUUGUGAUUGGGGGUGGGGGAUCUUCCAGUUCCAGCAAGUCCCGCAGAAAGGCAAUUUGGUACUCUCACCCACUGACUCCGUUGUUGGAAAGUCCGGAUCCCCAAAUGCAAGACCAAGAACAACCCAACAACAAGAAAGACUCCUCGGCCUCGGCGUCCAACUGGGAAUUCCUCCGCGACUGGUUCAAGAUCCACCGCAACCUCCCCUCCUUCGACAUUCCCAAUUCCAAGACCCAAGAUUUGAAGCUUUUGCUCGGCGUCCUCGCAUGCCCCCUCGCUCCCAUUCCCCUCUCUGCCUCUCCCACUCCCCUCGACCACCACUCCCACUGCCACUUCCCACGCGAUACGCCUCUUGAAACUUCUGUCGCGCAUUACAUCAUACAACAGUAUCUGGCCGCUACCGGAUGUCUGAAACAACAAAAGUCUGCCAAGAACAUGUACGUCUCCGGAAGCGUGAAGAUGAUUCGGUGUGAAACAGAGGUCUCUUCUGGGAAAACUGUGAAGAGCAUAGGGACAAGAAGCGGGGACAACGGCUGCUUUGUUCUGUGGCAAAUGCUGCCGGGCAUGUGGUCUCUCGAAUUGGUGGUCGGAGGCAGUAAGGUGGUUGCCGGCAGCGACGGCAAGACCGUGUGGCGCCACACUCCAUGGCUCGGCACCCAUGCCGCCAAAGGUCCCCAACGACCUCUGCGUCGCAUCAUUCAGGGGCUAGACCCAAAGAGCACGGCUCGGCUGUUCGCGAAAGCCCAAUGCCUUGGGGAGAAGCGGAUCGGGGAGGAGGAUUGCUUUGUGCUGAAAGUGUCGGCGGAGCGAGAGGCAGUGAUGGAAAGAAACGAGGGGCCUGCGGAAGUGAUCAGGCACGUGCUGUAUGGGUACUUCUGCCAGAAGAGCGGAGUGCUGGUGUACUUGGAGGACUCACACCUCACCAGAGUGCAGACCGAAGGAGACGCCGUCUACUGGGAAACCACCAUCGGAAGCUGCAUCGGAGACUACAGGGACGUCGACGGCGUCCUCAUCGCUCACCACGGCAGGUCCAUCGCCACCGUCUUCAAGUUUGGGGAAAUGUCCACCCAAUUUAGCAGGACCCGAAUGGAAGAGCUUUGGAACAUUGACGAUGUCAUGUUCAACGUCGCAGGCCUUAGCAUCGACUACUUUAUUCCUCCAGCCGAUAUUUUUGAUACCCUUCAUUCUCCAUGACUCCACCCUCACCCUCCUGUAUUUGUAUUCUAUUACGCAUAACGUCUCCCUAAGCUUCGCUAAUCAAUCAUAUCACUGGACACUACUCAUCUCAUCUGUAUACAUCUCAACAUAACUUUCUUCAUCCCUUUCCCUAGUACUCUCAUUAAACCAGCGCAAAUGAGUAUUAUUUUCCUUUUCCUUGGAAUCUUUUAACUAAUGAAUGAUCAUGAAACGUUCUUUUGUCUUU